AUGAUUUUAAACAAUUUACUUCUGCCGAGUCAAGACAGAGAACUUUGUUUCCUUUUCCUCCUCUUGACGUUACAUCAGUUUCACUUUCCAGUUUCUAUUCCCUUCAUGAACGCCAUCACUCAAGAGACGGGGCGGAAGCAUCACCUGAUGCAUUCUCCCCACCCCACGUCCCUGCUACAUAGCUCUUUUCGUGUUUACUUGAGGCAGACGCGAGAGAUUUCUGAAGAGCUAAUCAGCUUGGACCCCAGCUUUUCAGAACAGCAGCGAGCAGACCGCCAUCAUGAGAUCUCAGGACUCCCAUUCCAGUAUGCUUUGCUCCAAAUCCUAAUUCAAGGGGAAAUCAGUGAGGUCAACAAGAAUUCUCUGGAGAAAAUCCUUCCACAGCUGAAGUGCCAUUUCACCUGGAACUUGUUUAAGGAAGAAAGUGUCUCGCAUGAUCUAGAAGACAGAGUGUGUAACCAGAGUGAAUUUUUAAACUCUGAGUUCAAAGCUACAAUGUACAACUUGUUGGCCUACAUAAAACACUUAGAUGGUCAAAACGAGACAGCCCUGCAAUGCUUACAGCAAGCUGAAGAGUUCAUCCAGCGAGAGCACGCUGACCAGGCAGAGAUCAGAAGCCUGGUCACCUGGGGGAACUAUGCCUGGGUCUACUACCACCUGGGAAGAUUCUCAGAAGCUCAGGUGUAUGUAGACAAGGUGAAACAAGUAUGCCAGAAGUUCUCAAAUCCUUACAGUAUUGAGUGUCCUGAGCUUGACUGUGAAGAAGGAUGGACACUGCUAAAGUGUGGAGGAAAAAAAAAUGAAAGGGCAAAGGUCUAUUUUGAGAAGGCUUUGGAAGAGAAGCCCAACAACCCAGAAUUCUCCUCCGGACUGGCCAUCGCAAUGUACUUUCUGGAUAGCAAACCAAAGCAGCAGUCCUCUGUGGACAUUCUGAAGCAGGCUGUUGAGCUGAGUCCUGACAAUCAGUAUAUCAAAGUUCUCUUGGCCCUGACAUUGCAGAAGAUGAAGGAAGAAGCUGAAGGGGAGCAGCUGGUUGUAGAGGCCCUGGAAAAAGCUUCUUGCCAAACAGAUGUCCUUUGCAGUGCAGCCAAAUUUUACCUAAGAAAAGGUGAUCUGGACAAAGCUAUUGAACUGUUUCUAAGGGCACUGGAAUUCAUACCAAAUAAUGCUUACCUCUUGCACCAGAUUGCGUGCUGCUAUAGGGCAAAAAUCAAACAACUUCAGCGUACAGGAGAAUCCGAAGCUAGCAGGAAUAGAGAGAAGAUUGAAGAACUAAGGGAAUAUGCUACGGACUAUGUGAAUAAAGCUAUUGAGAAGGGACUAAAUCCUCUAUAUGCGUAUUCUGAUGUCACUGAGCUCCUGGAAAUAGGCGCAUGUUAUCAGACAGCUUUCAGUAAGGAGCUCCCCAGCACCAGGGGACAACUCCAUCAGCGCUAUUGCAACUCUGAGGAGUAUCAUGAGAAGUCUGAAGACACUGCUGAACAACUUUCUUUAGAGGGUUUGCGCAUAAGUGCAAAAUCAACUGAGACGGAAAAGAUGAAAUUCCAAUCACAGAACGUAGCUGAAAAUCAGCUUCCACAAAAUGCACCAAAUUCUUGGUAUCUCCAAGGAUUAAUUCACAAGAUGAAUGGAGAUGUGCAGCAAGCAGCCAAAUGUUAUGAGAAGGAACUGGGCCGCCUACUAAGGAACAGCCCUACAGGCAUAGGCAGCUUUUUCCUGCCAGCAUCUGAGUUUGAAGAAGGCAGUGAGGAAAUGGGCCAGGGUGCAGACAGCUCUACUCUCAGAGAGCUCCCUGACCCCUGAGCUGAAACAGAGAGGAAGGAAAGAAACAGAGAGGGAGCUGGAAUACUAGCGGUGUCGGGGAGAAGGGUGAGAAAGCAGGAGCUCCCCAAUCAGAGCUUGCUGAGCAAGAUGGUCCUGCUUAUCGCUUUAAGGCACAUUUCUAGAGUUGUUUUCUCAUGACUAUCUUCCUGGUCCAUACCAGCCACACACAGUUCUCUGGUGCGCAGGUCUGAGAGCAAACCGCUAGCAGAAGCAGCGCUUCAGGCCUGCGUGAGGCACUCUGUUCUCCAGAUAGCCACCAUGUCCGCCCUUCUUGCCAGGUCAUAAUUGGUGAUUUUCUACCAAUGGAAUCCCACGUCCUUCACCCCAUUACUAUUUAGCCUUCUGGGCCUCCUCGAAAACUAGACUAGCUUUUGACCAACCCUGGAAUAUUCCUUACGUCUUGCUCUUGGCUUCAGCUAUGUGUUAUUUUUGAUAGUGAUACUACAAUAAAUAUAUAUUCUUGAUAGUAAUGCUACAAUAAAUUUUAAAAUUUCAACUC